AUCUCUGCAGCUCGGGCGUGAUGAGCCGGCGCCCCUAAACCGGCGUGAUGCUCGGUUUGGUUUGGACUUGCGCUGCCCUUUACUCGGGUCGCGGGGAUGCGAGUGGAGAAGGGGGCACCAAGUCCUGUAGGCUGGGCUCUACGGCCGCGGCCGAAGUAACGGUGUAAAGAUGGACCGAUCCCGCCCAGAGCCGUCUCAACCCCAGGUGAUCCUCAUCCUCCGCCCUCCCGGGCCUUCCGUCCGUGCUCUGGGAGCCCAACCGAGCAAGUUGGAGGCGCCGCGGGAGCAGGCCGGAGAUGCUGGAACCCACCCGGAGGAGCCUGACCAUUCUGCCUCUCGUGGCCACUAUGCUGACUGCCCGCUUCUCCAGACCCCUGUCACAGCUCCCGAGGAAAACCCUGAAUUUCUCUGAUAGAGUAAAUGGAGCAAGAGGCUCGCUGCUGUUUCACUCUGCCUCCUUUGUCCCUGUCGACUGUCAGACUUACGCUGCUUCGGUGAACCCGGCUUUGACUCUGGAUUUGGGUUCUCCUUGGCCAAGCAUCUGCAUUCAAAAGGCUUCCUUGUAUUUGCUGGCUACUUGA